AUGCAGGUUGAAGUCAACGAAAACGAGGAUACUGAGUGGAACGAUAUCCUCCGCCAGCAUGGUAUCAUUCCAGAGAAACCUGUCGAUCCCGAGCCUCUGAUUCAAGAGGCUCUGGUCGAAGCAGAGCACAGAGCGUAUGCAAACCGACUCGAGGACAAGGACAUCGAUGAGCUGGACGCACUGGAGGAAGAGGAAGACGAGGAUUUCCUCAACUCAUAUAGGCAAAAGCGAUUCGCUGAGCUCUCCACUAUUCAACAAACCAGCGUCUUCAACCAAGUCUACCCACUCCAGAAGGUCGAUUAUGCCCGUGAAGUAACAGAGGCGUCGAACAACGCCUAUGUUCUCGUCAAUCUCACAUCCAUGGGCGGCAAUGUCGAAUCGCGCGUGUUGACAGAGCUCUGGCGGCAGCUGGCUGCCAAGUUUGGUGACAUCAAGUUUUGUGAGAUUCGCGCCGAUAUGUGCAUUGAGGGAUAUCCAGAGAAGAACACACCCACAAUUUUGGUCUAUAAGGAUACCGAGAUCGUGAAGCAGCUUAUCACGUUGCAGCAGUUGAAGGGACCCCGUACCAAGGUAGAAGAUAUUGAGCGUUUGUUGGUUGAGAUUGGUGCCUUGAAAGAGAAUGACGUUCGUCUCAAGAAGCGCGACGAGGAUGAAGAUGAGAAGGCCGAUGACCUGAACGUUGAAGAUUAUGACGACGACUGGGAUUGA